AGAAUACCCGGGAGUGAGUGUCCUUGGUUACAAAAAGGACAAUCAGUGGAAGGCCGGUGCUGCUGGGCAGUACCAGAAACCCGGCAGCUGGAACCAAGAGGGCCCUGGGCAGCAGCCUUCACCUGCCUCCACUGAGAGGCGCCAUGCCUUCUCCUUGGCCUGUGCAGCACAUUAAUGCAGAUCAACACAGAGUUUCGAAAAGCAUAGCCAGGGCGCACGUCCAGAUUCGCAGGCAAGUGCGACGUCAGCAGUGAGAAAGCAACAGGCCAGUAUUAAAAGCGAAAGUACUUUGGUACAAAUAGAGCAAAAACAAAAGGGGCUCGCGCAGGCCUUCUUCUGAGACGCUGUGUGACCUGGGGCCGGUCCCACGGCCCCCCUUGAGGAAAGAGGGUGCCUGAGCCACUUUCCAACUGGCCAGGGAGAGAAGCAGCUUCCAGUGUCUCGGACGAAUACCUUUCCCUGGUGGCCAGGCUCAUUAUCCAUUUCCGAGACAUCCAUAACAAGAAAUCUCAAGCAUCUGGCAGUGACCCUAUGAAUGCGCUACAGAGCCUGACCAGCGGGCCUGCUGCAGGAGCGACUGGAAUUGGCAUACCUUCUCGGGGCCCAGGACAGCCCCUGGGUGGUAUGAGUGGCCUGGGGGCCAUGGGGCAGCCGAUGCCGCUCUCAGGGCAGCCACCUCCCGGCACUUCAGGGAUGGCCCCCCACAGCAUGGCCGUCGUGUCCACAGCAGCCCCACAGACCCAGCUGCAGCUCCAGCAGGCGGCACUACAGCAGCAGCAGCAACAGUUCCAGCAGCAAGUGGCGCUACAGCAGCAGCAGCAGCAGCUCCAAGCACAGCAGAGUGCCAUGCAGCAACAGUUCCAGGUAGCUGUGCAGCAGCAGCAGCAGCAACUGCAGCAGCAGCAGCAGCAGCAGCAGCACCUGAUCAAGUUGCACCACCAGAACCAGCAGCAGAUGCAGCAGCAGCAGCAACUUCAGCGAAUGGCACAGUUGCAGCUUCAACAACAACAACAGCAGCAGCAGCAGGCUCUGCAGGCUCAGCCACCAAUGCAGCAGCCACCCAUGCAGCAGCCACAGCCCCCCCCUUCUCAGGCCCUGCCCCAGCAGCUGCAGCAAUUGCAUCACCCACAGCACCACCAGCCGCCACCGCAGCCGCAGCCACCAGUUGCACAGAACCAACCAUCACAGCUCCCACCUCAGUCACAGACACAGCCUCUGGUGUCGCAGGCUGCAACCCUCCCGGGACAGAUGCUGUAUGCACAGCCCCAGCUGAAACUUGUCCGAGCUCCGAUGGUGGUGCAGCAGCCGCAGGUGCAGCCCCAGGUGCAGCCCCAGGUGCAGCCGCAGACAGCAGUGCCGACAGCUCAGGCCUCCCAGAUAGUGGGUUCCGGAGUCCAGGUCAGCCAGAGCAGCCUCACCAUGCUGUCCUCGCCGUCACCGGGCCAGCAGGUGCAGACCCCCCAGUCGAUGCCCCCUCCGCCCCAGCCGUCCCCGCAGCCCGGCCCGCCUAGCUCGCAGCCCAACUCCAAUGUCAGCUCCGGCCCCACCCCGUCCCCCAGUAGCUUCCUGCCCAGCCCCUCACCGCAGCCCUCCCAGAGUCCAGUGACGGCGCGCACCCCUCAGAACUUCAGCGUCCCCUCCCCGGGACCUCUGAACACCCCCGUGAACCCCAGCUCCGUCAUGAGCCCUGCAGGCUCCAGCCAGGCUGAGGAGCAGCAGUACCUGGACAAGCUGAAGCAGCUGUCCAAGUACAUUGAGCCGCUGCGCCGCAUGAUCAACAAGAUCGACAAGAACGAAGACAGGAAAAAGGAUCUGAGUAAGAUGAAGAGCCUUCUGGACAUCCUGACAGACCCCUCCAAGCGGUGCCCCCUGAAAACGCUGCAGAAGUGUGAGAUCGCCCUGGAGAAACUCAAGAACGACAUGGCGGUGCCCACACCCCCUCCACCCCCGGUGCCACCAACCAAGCAGCAGUAUCUGUGCCAGCCGCUCCUGGACGCUGUCCUGGCCAACAUCCGCUCGCCUGUCUUCAACCAUUCCCUGUACCGCACGUUUGUGCCGGCCAUGACGGCCAUCCACGGGCCACCCAUCACGGCCCCUAUGGUGUGUGCCCGGAAGCGCAGGUUUGAGGAGGAUGAACGGCAGAGCAUCCCCAAUGUGCUCCAGGGCGAAGUGGCACGGCUAGAUCCUAAGUUCCUGGUGAACUUGGACCCUUCUCACUGCAGUAACAACGGCACUGUCCACCUGAUAUGCAAGCUGGAUGACAAGGACCUCCCCAGCGUGCCACCACUGGAGCUCAGCGUGCCCGCCGACUACCCCGCCCAGAGCCCACUAUGGAUCGACCGGCAGUGGCAGUACGAUGCCAACCCUUUCCUGCAGUCAGUGCACAGAUGCAUGACCUCCCGGCUGCUGCAGCUCCCGGACAAGCACUCGGUCACAGCCCUGCUCAACACCUGGGCCCAGAGUAUCCACCAGGCCUGCCUCUCAGCCGCCUAACCACCCUGGCUGCUCUGCCCACCCUCUAGGGACCACGGGGUGGCCAGGAGCCUUCUUGGGCUCUGUGUCGGACAUUUCUAGAUGCUGGCUUCCUUAGAAAGCCUGGGCUUAGGUUAGCUUUCCUGCUUUUAUCUUCUGCCUUGGGGACCUGCCAAAUAUUUCCCACACUUGGGUAGGACCGGGACGGGCAGCUGCUUCCUCAGGAGCAGGACACUCCCCAGCCAACCUGCUGUCCCCACAGCUUCUGCAGGGCCACGUCCUCCCUCAGUAGCCAUGGAGACUCAGGGUCUUAUUUGAGCCUCUCGUGUAUGUGCCAGGAAACUUACUGUUUCUGUAGGGGACCGUGCAGAAGGUAGGACACCCUUAAAACACGCAGAAUUCUCCAAUCAGUUUGGGGACCGCUGGCAUGUGGGGCAUGCCACAGGGAAGCUCUCUGGCCUGGGGGUGUGGGCAGCGGAUCCACUGCCUUUGGCCGGGCCUCAUACCUCAUGGCAUUCUCCUUCUGGCCCUGGGGACCUGCUCCACCGUGGGGGUGCCUGGGGAGCAGGGGUGUCAGGGCAGAUCCUGUUCCUGGCUUCGUGCCCACUGGUUAGGCGCUUGGGCCCAUGCUUGCGUCAGGACGUCGUCCUCGGGACCCAGCGCCUUACCGACUCCUGACAGGGUGUCACCAGCCGGCCCUCUGGCAGUGAGAGGUCCCCCCUUUUGUAUGUGCAUUAUUGUGUCUUCUGUGGUUCUUAUAAUAAAUUUAUUAUUCCUGUGUU